AUGGGUUGGGCUGCUUUAGAUGGGUAUCAUGACGCGAAUGAAGCGUGUGAGUUCUUUUAUAAUAAACUGUACAAUGCUUUUGAUACCUGUGUUCCAAAAUAUGUCCUAGCAAUGAAACGUAAAUACCCACCCUGGUUCAAUUCAGCAAUAAAUAAGGUUAUCAAACGCAAGGAGAAGAUUCACCGAUCUUACAGACGCAACAAUGAUCCAGAAGUGUAUCAGACAUUCAAGGAGCGUAUAUCAAAAAUCAAGAUAGAUUCAGAUCAAGCAUACAAAAUAUAUGUCUGACAAGCUAAGACCGAAAUAAAAAGAGAUUCGAAUAAACUUUGGGGCU